GGGGUAGGAAGUCGAGUCCGCCGAAUAUAAUAAAACGACGGGCGAGGGGUCCGGGCUGCCCUUUUUUUUCCCUCGCUCCCGCGCUCAUCCCCCCAGGUUCGAAACGCCCGCAAUCGCCAUCUUAAUAGACGCCGGACUACGACGACUGCGCCCGAGCCAGUACGGAUCGGAGGCUCUCGCACAUCACUAGGCAAUGGGAUGUGUGUAAAUGUUUCGCUGAUCGGCCACAUGCUUCAGCGACAUAAUGCUUCCCAGACAAUCCUCCUUCCGCCAACAGCCGCUGCGCCGCGGCUGUGGCCCGCACUACCCUGGCGUUUCACCUAAUAACAGAUUCUGGAUACAUCUGGCAGUGAUCUUCCUGAUCAUUUCCUCUUGGGUGCCCCUAGCCGUAGCUAUUUCACUGGACGCCCCCCCACGAUCGACUGAGACAACGUUGUUACUUGAUACGCGGAUACCAAUUUUCGUCGACGGCCACUGGCAGAUCAUGUCCGAAGACGAACAUCGCCAACUCCUCGUCCCUAGGCAAGCGGAGACGCAGACUUUCACCGUAGACGUCUCAGCCGCUACCGCCGAACCUACUCCUACUCCAACGCCCACCGUCGCUUCAGGUCCUCUCCCCAGCCCUUUCGAUGGCGCGCUCGCUGCAAACUUCUCCGGCGAGAAUGGAGGUGGAUCCUGUCCGAAUUUUAUCAACAGCAUCUUGGAGGACCCGACGUUCAAAUCGUGCUACCCUCUCUCGGUGCUCCUAAAGAGCUCCAAUUCUUUCUUCCAGGCUAUGAAAUCUCUGGUCCAGAUAACUCAGGUUCUCGAAACGUCGUGCAGAGCGGACAAGAAUACCUGCACCGCGUACCUCGACGACCUUGCUGAACAGCUCAAACGCGACGAGAAUUGCGGAGAGGAUUUCAGGAAGGAGAACGCGCUCGUCAUCCAAGCCUACAAGGGGAUGAAGGCGUAUGAGGAGAUUUACGGUGUGACGUGUCUGAUGGAUCCGGAGAGUUCGACAUACUGCUUCGUCAAUGCUGUUACGAACCGCACGACGGCAUCCAACGUCUACCUCUACAACCUACCCCUUAAUUCGUCGCUCCCUUCGAGGGCAUUUCCUGCGUGCGAUUACUGCACGAGCGAAACGAUGAAGAUAUAUCAAUCGGCGUCGGCUGACCGAAGGAAGUACAUAGCGAACACGUACGUGCAAGCGGCCGAGCAUAUCGAUUCGGAAUGCGGACCGGGCUUCGUCAGUGCCUCGCUUCCCGAGGCGCUACCCGACAGUGCUGUGAUAGCGCAGGCUCCGUCUCUACUUAUGCUAUCAUUGUUAUUUGUCACCAUUUCGCGAUGGGUUACCUGACCCGUCGCCUCGACCAGCGGGUAGCAUUUUGGCACACCCGCGAUUAUGGGUUCAACGGCGUCUUGAGGGAUGGGAUGGGAAACGGACUUAGUGGAAAGUCUGUUUUUGGAUAACGGCUUCGAAUUAUGGGACGUUGAUGAUUUUUUUGUCCCUUUUAUUUUACGGAUCGGCAACCUUUACAGGACCGAACGGCGCAUUCCUGAUACCCACUUAACAUUCCUUGGAUUCUUCUUUUAUUCGAUCCUAUCGUCGUCGUCUUCGCACGGCGGAACUUAAACAUUAUUGGAUUAUCUUGGCCACCUACGCGUGCUCUCAAGAUUGACAACCAACUUACUCAUCACCAUUACUGCUGCUGCUGCUGCUGCUGCGGUCACCGCCAUCACGAGGUCAAUAGAGGAGGAGACACGGAUAAAGGGGGAUCGGCACGGGCAUGUGUCGAGUGCAGAGAGGAAUCCUUCGACCCUCAGGAACUCGACCAAAAUAGACAAGUGUUGAGGGGGCGGCGAAUUAUCGUCGGUUGGACG